GCGUCCAGCCAGCCAGCCAGGAGACCCCGGCUUCAGAGGACAGGACAGGGUACCUCACUACCCUCCAACUGGGUGAGCCUGCAGGAGCCCCUCAGGUUUCCCAAAGGGGCCUGGUGCCUCAGGAUGGAGGCGUCCCCCGAGCACAUGCAGCAGGGCCGGGAACCAGUGCUGGUCCGCAGGCAGCCCCCAGUACCCUUGGGUGUGUGUGAGACACUGAAGGCCAGGCUUCUCAGGAGCUGGGCAUGCAGCAUACAGGGUGCCUGGGGGACAGUGCAAGACCUGCUCCCUGCCACACACUGGCUGCGCCAGUACCGCCCACAGGAGGACCUGGCAGGUGAUGUCAUGUCUGGGCUGGUCAUCGGCAUCAUCCUGGUGCCACAGGCCAUCGCCUACUCGCUCUUGGCUGGGCUGGAGCCCAUCUACAGCCUGUAUACGUCCUUCUUUGCCAACCUCAUCUACUUCCUCAUGGGCACCUCGCGCCACGUCUCUGUGGGCAUCUUCAGCCUGCUCUGCCUCAUGGUGGGCCAGGUGGUGGAUCGCGAGCUCCUGCUGGCAGGCUUCGACCCUGCCCAGAACAGCCCAGGGCCUGGGGGAAACAGCACUGCUCUCAACACCUCAGCCACCGUGCCAGUGCCGGAGCUGCGUGCCUGCUACGCCAUCCGUGUUGCCACUGCCCUCACGCUGGUGGCUGGGAUCUACCAGGUCCUCAUGGGUAUCCUCCGACUGGGCUUCGUGUCCACCUAUCUCUCGCAGCCACUGCUCGACGGUUUUGCCAUGGGGGCCUCGGUGACCAUCCUGACCUCCCAGCUAAGGCACCUUCUAGGUGUGCGGGUCCCAAGACACCAGGGGCCAGGCAUGGUGGUCAGCACGUGGCUCAGUCUGCUGCGCAGCGCUGGGCAGGCCAACCCAUGCGAUGUGAUCACCAGCGCCGUGUGCCUAGCCGUGCUGCUGGCCACCAAAGAGCUCGCAGACCGCUGCCGGCACCGCCUGAAGGUGCCGCUGCCCACAGAGCUGCUGGUCGUUGUGGGGGCCACGCUUGUGUCUCACAUCGGGCGGCUCCACGAGCGCUUCGGCUCCAGCGUGGCCGGCGAUAUCCCCACCGGCUUCAUGGCCCCGCAGGCGCCGGACCCCAGGCUCAUGUGGCGUGUGGCGCUGGAUGCCAUGCCCCUGGCUCUCGUGGGCUCUGCCUUCUCCAUCUCGCUGGCAGAGAUGUUUGCCCGUAGCCACGGCUACUCUGUGCGAGCCAACCAGGAGCUGCUGGCCGUGGGCUGCUGCAACGUGCUUCCCACCUUCUUCCACUGUUUCGCCACGAGCGCUGCCCUUGCCAAGAGCCUGGUGAAGACGGCAGCCGGCUGCCGCACCCAGCUGUCCAGCGUAGUCAGCGCGGCAGUGGUGCUCCUGGUGCUCCUGGUGCUGGCGCCGCUGUUCCGAGACCUGCCGCGGAGCGUGCUGGCCUGCGUCGUCGUUGUCAGCCUGCGGGGGGCCCUGCGCAAGGUGAGGGACAUCCCGCAGCUGUGGCGGCUCAGCCCGGCCGAAGCGCUGGUGUGGGUGGGCACUGCAGCCACCUGUGUACUGGUCAGCACUGAGGCGGGGCUGCUGGCUGGCGUGGUCCUCUCACUGCUCAGCCUGGCCGGCCGCACACAACGCCCACAUGCUGCCCUGCUGGCCCGCAUCGGGGACUCAGGCAUCUAUGAGGACGCUGAGGAGUUUGAGGGCCUGGUCCUCGAGCCUGGAGUGCGGGUGUUCCGCUUCGGGGGGCCACUGUACUACGCCAACAAAGACUUUUUCCUGCAGUCGCUCUAUAGCCUCACAGGCCUGGACGUGGGGCGUGCAGCCGCCAGGACCAGGGGCUGGGGCCCAGAGGCAGGAACCAGCAAGACAGACCCUGUGGAAGACAAGGCCUCAGGCCCCGGGGGUAGCACUGCUGUGCUGGUGCCCACGGUGGCCGGCUUCCACACAGUAGUCAUCGACUGCGCCCCACUGCUGUUCCUGGAUGUGGCCGGCCUGGCCACGCUGCAGGCUCUGCGCCACGAUUACAGGGCCCUGGGCGUUGCCCUGCUCCUGGCUUGCUGCAGUCCCUCGGUAAGGGACACUCUGAGGAGGGGUGGCUUCCUCAGGGAGGACCAGGCAGAUGUGGCCGACGAGGCGCAGCUGUUCCACAGCGUGCAUGGUGCUGUGCAGGCAGCCCGAGCCCGCUACAGGGAGCUAGUGGCCACCGACUCCACCCUCUAG